GUCCAGGAAGAUUGGACGAUGCUUCCCUGAGAACCCUACUCUACGAAGCUAUGGCCAUCGUCAACAGCCGUCCACUAAAUGUCGAUGGAAUUAAUGACCCAAUGACUUUGGAACCUUUAACUCCAAACCACCUUGUACUGAUGAAGUCUAAGGUCGCCUUACCACCUCCAGGAAAGUUCGUCAAAGAAGAUAUGUAUGCUGCAAAGAGAUGGCGCAGAGUACAGUUCUUAACUGAACAAUUCUGGAGCCGGUGGAAGAAAGAAUACCUCUUGAAUGUGUCUACGAGGCAAAAAUGGCACGUACCUCGACGCAACUUGCAAAUAGAUGAUAUAGUCAUCAUCAAAGAGGAUACACUUCCAAGGAAUCAGUGGCAAUUAGCUCGUGUAGUCGAGACUACAGAAGGAUCAGAUGGUUUGGUUCGUAGAGUAAAGGUUCAAGUUGGAGAUAAAGGACUACAACAGAAACAAAGUCAUAGCUACAAACAUUCAAUUAUUGAACGGCCAAUUCAAAAAUUGGUACUUCUCAUUGAAGAUAAAACCAGUAAGUUAACGCCUUGUUAACUAAGGGAAAACACUUACAUCAGACGUGUUCAGUUAAGGAAUGUGAAACAAGUUUAUGUCUGCUUGCUACUUAUAUUCAUAUGCUUUAUAGUCUGCUUUUCCAUAGUCUAGAAAUCAUGUUCUGAAUAACUGUUGGUUAAUUCCUUUCUUUUGCAUUCAUUAAGUAUAACAUGAUUUGGUGGGAGUGUAAGUGGCCACUAGAGGUCACUAAGUUUACCUUUCCAUUGAAUGUCAAUCACAUUACCGGGUUGAGACUGCAACCCCGGAAUCUGAAUAGCGACAGAUGGUUUCUCUGCUUGUGUUUUCUUGCUUGUGUCCGGGGGACUUGGAUAUGCUUUUUUGAUUAUAAGUCAGCGAUUGUUGCAAGCAGCAUUAUAUUGAGGAUUUGCAGUUGCACCCCUUGGUGAGCGGAAUGAGUUUUCACGGUGCUUAUGAAGAAGAUUGAAAAUAAAUGAUUAACGUUACACCCGUUAGAGACUCUCUGCUUGUUAUCGGGAAACCGGGGGGCAGCUAUAGUGAAAACUCAGCCGCUGAGCCAUCCAUCCACGCCAUCUUCGUUCAGCUGAUAUGAGAUCGGCCAACGCUACACGUGCGAGUGUGUGGAUUCCAUGGCUGCAGCGAGAGGCCUUCAUCGACUAAGCUGGUAAACUCGACUUGAGACAUCAAUAUAGAAGUCAGUGCCACAAAUGGAAUUACAUGCUCAGUUAAUUCAUAUGGGACUUUGCACAUUUUAAGAAAAUAAAGAAAGGCAAUAUCCAAAUUACUUCAAGAGGAUUUUGACUGUGCUACAAAGUACUGUAAAUGCUAGACCAGUAAGACAAAGCACAAAGUCUAAUGGCACAAUUGUUUCACUUCUCCUGAAAGACUUUAACCCUUUAAUUCUGACAUCUUUGAGAAAUAAAUUGUCUGUUUGCAAAUUGUCAGCAGUAAUCUUGUUAAGACAUUUGUAUUGUAUCUGUUUACUCUUUGGGGUCCAGCACAAGUGUAAACGUCUGAUGUAAGUGGCAGCAUAGUUGAGAAGUCUAAACCGUCAUUUACUUCAAAUUGAGUUUAGAUGUAACCCCCCCCCCCCAAAGCUUUAUAGUUUAAACAGAUCUACUGAGUCUUUACAAUGUCAUCUCCUGCCGACAAUAUGGAAAACCCUUCAGAAGCACACCAGACUAGGUCAAGCUCCCGUGAGCGUAGUUUAACAACAAAGGGUCAAGAGUUACGUGAACAGGAAGCAAUAAAAAAUGAAAGGAUAUUCAACAAAGCCUAUGAUGCCUGGAAACACGUAGCAAAGGAGGUUAGAACCAAAUUAAAAGUUUUCUGCUCUGCUGAGGAUCUUGAUAGGAUUCAAACAGAAGUCAAAUCUAAACAAGCUAUAGUACACCAAAAUUAUGAACCCAUUCGACGCAAUCAAACCGCUACUCCAGUUAUCACCAAAAGAAUGGAUGCAUGUGACACUCUAACAGUUGAGAUCUGCGACCUUGUCAGCAAACGGCUAAAGAACAUAGACGAGGCUUUCAAUGACCAACUAGAGAAAGCGAGAGUGAGAAUAGCGCUAAAUAAGGAUGAUUAUGGGUCAGUUUUUGGGAAUACUAAAACAGAAACAGUAACUUCUGAAUCAUUACAAAGAUCAGAACUUAACUCAAGCGUCAACUCAAAAUCCUCUAGCAAACGUGCAGACGCCGAAGCAGAAUUAGCAGCCAAAGUAGAAGAGGCUAAAGCCAUGCAAAAAAUACAAGCCCAACAAGCGAAACUCGACAAACUGGAAAGUGAAUGGAAACUCAAGGAAACUCAAAUGUUAGCAGAAAUAAAGCAAAGGGAGGCUGAAAUAAAACAAAAGCUAGAAGCGGAAAAGACAAAGUUGCAACAACUACAGGUAAAUAGCGAAGUAAGAGUAGCAGCAGCUCGCGUGAGAGCCUAUAACAACUUUGAUGGUCUCGAAAGUUUUAAGGAAGACACAGAUCAGGAAACUCAGCAUGAUCAACAAGACAUGGGACCCGAGAUCUCGCUAAAUCCGCAAGCAGCACCUUUCCAGCCUCACUUUAUACCCUCCAACGUGAAAGUAACUCAGGACGAAACAAGUCUCGCUCAGGCAAUUGCAAGCUCACUUACCUUAAGCCGCCUACCUGUUCCCGAACCGACUGUGUUCUCUGGUGACCCCCUAAAGUUCAUAGACUGGAGGAUAUCUUUCUUGGCUCUCAUCGAUCAGAAACCCCUUCCUGCUAGUGAGAAAAUGUUUUACUUAAAGAACUACCUCGCUGGGGAGGCACGUAAGGCCGUAGAAGGAUUUUUCUUCCACAACUCAGAGCAAGCAUACAAGGGCGCCUGGGCAGUCUUACAGGACAGAUAUGGAAGUCCAUUCAUUGUCCAAAGAGCAUUCAGGGACAAGCUCACAAAGUGGCCAAAAAUUGCGGCAAACGAUCCAAUAGCAUUAAGAGAGUUCGCAGAUUUCCUUCAAGGCUGCGCCGAGGCCAUACCUCACGUCAAGGGCCUGAGCAUUCUAAACGAUUGUGAAGAAAAUCAUAAACUCCUUAAAAAGCUGCCUGAAUGGAUGAUACGCAGAUGGAGCCGUAUAGUUGUAGAAGAGCUAGACAGGUCUGGAGAAUUUCCAAGCUUUGCACACUUCACAGGAUUUAUGCAAGAAGAAGCUCGCGUCGCCUGCAACCCCAUUGCAUCCCCUCUCUUGAUGAACCUUAAACCUAGCGACGAGAGAUUCGCAAGAAGAGCUAAGGCACUCAACACAAGCAUACAAACGAAAAGUCCCAUCUCAGGAACCAUCGAAAACCCAAACUUGAGGCUACCUUGCUUAGUCUGUAAGGAUGAAACACACGGCGUCGUCAAGUGCCCAGCCUUCGCAGCAAAGACUCCAGAUGAAAAGAAAGCCUUCAUCCUCGAAAACCACCUGUGCUUCGGAUGCCUAAGGAAGGGGCAUAUUACCAAGGCAUGUAAGAGGCGUCACACCUGUGGUACUUGUGGCCGACGUCAUCCAACCUGUCUGCACAUAGACAGAGACAGGAAUCCCGCUGAACCUGCAGACAGAGAGUUUACGGCUCCAGGGAACCGUACAAGCAAGGAAAUUCAAAGGGUUAUGUCUCAUGCUUUGACCCAGCAUAGCUCUGCUACAUCUAGCAUUGUUCCAGUUCUCGUGUCGUCAAUCAAAGAACCCAAGAAGGAAACACUCACCUAUGCCUUGCUCGACACCCAGAGCGACUCCACCUUCAUCUUGGAUGAUCUGGUUGCUGAACUUAAUGUAAGUGUACAGCCUGUGCAGCUUAAACUCAGCACAAUGACAGCUGUCGAUACAGUCAUAGCAAGCAAGGCUGUGUGCGGUCUACAGGUCCGGGGACUCAACUCUGAAAUUUACGUCCAACUACAUCAGGCGUAUGCACGAGAGUUUAUUCCAGUCGAUAAGUCUCACAUCCCUACUAGAGAUACAGCCCUCCAUUGGCCUCAUCUGAAAAGUCUGGCAAAAGAGUUGCACCCGCUUCAAGAUUGCGAGGUGGGUUUGUUAAUCGGCUACAAUUGUCCGUCAGCUCUGGCUCCUCUGGAAGUGAUCACAGGUGAACACAGCGAACCAUUUGCGCAAAAAACUCUGCUUGGAUGGAGCAUAAUCGGAUCAGCCAAUCCUUAUUUGGACAGACGAGGAGAUGAAAGCUUUGUGCAUCGCGUCGCAGUGAAGGAGGUACCAUUGGCCACUGAUGUGUUGAAAGUACUGGAGUCAGACUUUAAUGAGAAAAGUUACGAGGACAAGUACGUAUCACAGAACGACGUUCACUUUAUACAGUUUCUUAAUGACAACAAUAUACAGAAAGAUGACGGCCGUUUCGAGAUACCUCUACCCUUCAAGGACAAUUGUUUCCCGACUCUACCGAACAACAAAAGGCUGGCUACUCUCCGACUGCAACACCUAGAGAAAAAGCUAAGGGCUAACAAACAGUACCUCGAGCAAUACAUUGCUUUCAUGGGUGAAAUUAUACAGAAAGGUCACGCUGAGCCAGCCCCUCCACUCGCUGAAGGAGAGACGGUGUGGUAUAUUCCCCACCACGGAGUGUACAACCCCAAGAAGCCAGGGAAAUUAAGGGUCGUGUUCGACUGCUCGGCAAAGUUUCGAGGGAUCUCCCUGAAUGACACUCUGCUAACGGGGCCCGAUCUGAUUAACUCUUUAGUAGGAGUUCUUUGUCGCUUUAGAAGAGAAGCUGUGGCUGUGAUCUGCGACAUCGAAAAGAUGUUCCACCAAUUUAGCGUUUCGCCCAAAGCCCGCAACUACUUGAGAUUUCUGUGGUGGAAGGACGGAUUGCUCAACACAGAACCACAGGAGUAUAGAAUGUCGGUCCACCUUUUCGGAGCUGCAUCCUCCCCAGGAUGUGCCAACUUUUGUCUUAAAUAUCUGGCACAAAACAACAAGGAAAAACACCCUGUAGCCUCUGAAUUCGUGGAAAAGAACUUCUACGUGGACGACGGAUUAACCAGCGUCCCUACAGCCAAAGAAGCCAAAGAGUUAAUCAUCAGCGCUCAAGAAUUGUGUCAAGGUGCCGGCCUGCGGCUGCAUAAGUUCAACUCCAACCUUAAGGAAGUUCUUUCCUGCAUUGCUCCCUCAGAAAGAGCCAUAAGCACUGAUACCUUUAACUUCCAAACUGAUGCAACCUCAGAAGGACUCGUACUUGGUAUCCAGUGGUCAGCAGAAAACGACACAUUCAGUUUCCACGGUAAUGUAAAGGACCACCCCCCAACUCGCCGUGGUCUCCUGUCAGUUGUGGCUUCCCUGUAUGACCCUCUAGGGUUUAUAGCCCCCUUCAUUCUGAGUGGCAAACGCAUCCUGCAGGAACUAUGUUGCAAAGGCAUUGAAUGGGACGACCCUAUUCCUGAGUACUUGCGUUCACGGUGGGAGGAGUGGAAAAACGACUUGCAGAAUCUUAAAGAAGUCACCAUACCUCGUUGUUAUCAUCCUCAAAACUUUGGCAAGAUCGUCAGAGUGGAACUGCAUCACUUCUCGGACGCUAGUACCACAGGUUACGGGGCCUGCUCCUACCUAAGAUACAAAAACGACAGGAAUGAGAUACACUGCAGCUUCGUUAUGGCUAAAGCGAGGGUAGCUCCUCUGAAGAUCACAAGCAUUCCACGAUUGGAACUCUCUGCCGCAGUCACUGCAGCCAGAAUGAGUAUCAUGCUAAAGGCGGAGCUUGACAUGAAAAUCGAGCAAGAAUUCUUCUGGACAGACUCACAAGUAGUACUCGCCUAUAUUAACAACGAGGCGCGAAGAUUUCAUGUGUUCGUGGCGAACCGUGUACAAUUGAUAAGAGAGAUUACAGACCCAAGCCAAUGGAACUAUGUAGACACAGCCCAUAACCCAGCGGAUUAUGCAUCUAGAGGUCUUCUUGUUCGUGACAUCUCCUCCACUAGCUGGUUGUCAGGACCCAAGUUUCUGUGGGACCAAAAGCCACUGCCCUCGCUUAAACCAUCUACCGAGUUGCUUGUAGGUGACCCUGAAAUCAAGUCAAUUCAAGUGCAUGCUACUCAAUUUAGCGAACAAAACGACAUCUUGGAGCGACUGAGUCGAUUUUCCACCUGGACGACACUGAUUAAGGUGGUAGCCAGAAUUAAAAGACUUGGGUCUAGGCAGAGCCAUUCAGCUGGUGAAGUUGUGACCGUUGAGGAACGCUCGAGAGCCGCUAAAGUGGUGUUUCAGCUCGUUCAGCUGCAAGCCUUUCCCCAAGAUCAAAGGACGUUGCAAAGAAAUCCCAGUGGGAGCACUAUUCCAAACUCAAGUCCUCUUCGUCACCUCGACCCCAUUUUGGAGGAGGGACUUAUUCGCGUUGGAGGAAGACUUAAAGGUUCCACUCUCAGCCAAGAACAAAAGCACCCCAUCAUUCUCCCUAAGGACAGCUACAUUACCAAGCUGAUUUUAUCCCAUUACCACGAAAAGACCUGUCAUCAAGGUCGAAAUCAGACUAUGAAUGAGCUGCGAGCAAACGGAUUCUGGCCUCUCGGUGGGAAUAAGUCAGUCGCCAAAUUAAUACAUGAAUGUGUGAGAUGCCGGAGGCUCAGAAGACCGACUGAAGAGCAACGAAUGUCUGAACUCCCCAGAGAGCGCUGUGAAGUCUCUGCUCCUUUCACAUUCUGUGGAAUGGAUUGUUUCGGCCCAUUCAUCACUAAACGAGGCCGCAAGGAGUGUAAGAGAUAUGGACUUAUCUUCACAUGCUUAGCUUCUCGAGCAGUUCAUCUUGAAAUGCUGGAAGACAUGACCACGGACGCUUUUAUCAACGCCUUGAGGUGCUUUAUUAGCCUUAGAGGAGCUGUUAGUCACCUUUACUGCGAUCAGGGCUCAAACUUCGUGGGUGCGAAGAACGAGUUAAAGGAAGCGCUCAAGCAAUGUGACGCAGAGGCUUUGAAAGCUUUUCUUGCGGACAGACAGUGUGAAUUCAUUUUCAACGCCCCGUCUGCGAGUCAUGCAGGCGGGGUGUGGGAACGCCAAAUUCGGUCUAUUCGUAAUGUGCUGAACAUCACAAUUGCUCAAUGUCCAGGAAGAUUGGACGAUGCUUCCCUGAGAACCCUACUCUACGAAGCUAUGGCCAUCGUCAACAGCCGUCCACUAAAUGUCGAUGGAAUUAAUGACCCAAUGACUUUGGAACCUUUAACUCCAAACCACCUUGUACUGAUGAAGUCUAAGGUCGCCUUACCACCUCCAGGAAAGUUCGUCAAAGAAGAUAUGUAUGCUGCAAAGAGAUGGCGCAGAGUACAGUUCUUAACUGAACAAUUCUGGAGCCGGUGGAAGAAAGAAUACCUCUUGAAUGUGUCUACGAGGCAAAAAUGGCACGUACCUCGACGCAACUUGCAAAUAGAUGAUAUAGUCAUCAUCAAAGAGGAUACACUUCCAAGGAAUCAGUGGCAAUUAGCUCGUGUAGUCGAGACUACAGAAGGAUCAGAUGGUUUGGUUCGUAGAGUAAAGGUUCAAGUUGGAGAUAAAGGACUACAACAGAAACAAAGUCAUAGCUACAAACAUUCAAUUAUUGAACGGCCAAUUCAAAAAUUGGUACUUCUCAUUGAAGAUAAAACCAGUAAGUUAACGCCUUGUUAACUAAGGGAAAACACUUACAUCAGACGUGUUCAGUUAAGGAAUGUGAAACAAGUUUAUGUCUGCUUGCUACUUAUAUUCAUAUGCUUUAUAGUCUGCUUUUCCAUAGUCUAGAAAUCAUGUUCUGAAUAACUGUUGGUUAAUUCCUUUCUUUUGCAUUCAUUAAGUAUAACAUGAUUUGGUGGGAGUGUAAGUGGCCACUAGAGGUCACUAAGUUUACCUUUCCAUUGAAUGUCAAUCACAUUACCGGGUUGAGACUGCAACCCCGGAAUCUGAAUAGCGACAGAUGGUUUCUCUGCUUGUGUUUUCUUGCUUGUGUCCGGGGGACUUGGAUAUGCUUUUUUGAUUAUAAGUCAGCGAUUGUUGCAAGCAGCAUUAUAUUGAGGAUUUGCAGUUGCACCCCUUGGUGAGCGGAAUGAGGUGUGUAGUUUGUGUUAUGUUUAUCAAACUUUUAUUUAUAUCAUUGUUUUGCAAGCUGUUCGCGUGGUCUGAACGCAUCACGUGUUAACAAUGUUUAUAUUUUGUACCUUUUUAUUUCUAUGUCUUGAAUGUAAUUUGAUGUGAAAAAUACUGUGAUAAGCUUAUAAGUAUAAAAAACAAUGUUAUAAUCAGGUUUAUGUGACCUGCUAUUUGUGUUUACUUUUAGUUUUCACGGUGCUUAUGAAGAAGAUUGAAAAUAAAUGAUUAACGUUACACCCGUUAGAGACUCUCUGCUUGUUAUCGGGAAACCGGGGGGCAGCUAUAUAGACUAAUACUUAAAUAGACAAAGAUGCAAAAAAUAAAUCCAAUAAACACCCAAGUGUCACGACAGCUUGACUGAUCACAGUUGAAGACCUUGUGUUGUUGAACUUCAGCCAAUGUUUACUCCAUUAAAGCUUAAAUGCAUUCAGC